AUGGAUAACACUCCUCCCAAGAAGAAACGCAAGUUUGUGGUGCUCAAACGACGGCCCGUGACCGACACAGAAGUGGAGACGGUCGAGUCGGCCACUCCAGACGUGCUCAAUGACGACACCGACAUCUACGACCUGUCUGCACAUAUCACCGAGGUCAGGCCAGCGGCUGUGGAGAUGAAGGUUGAUGCUGUGAAGCCGGAGCCGGUCCAGGAGAAAAAGACGCUAAAGAAAGCGACGCAUUCAAGAAAUACCAGAUCCAACUCGAAAUCGACUCCCCAGGACGUGGUUGAUUUGGACGCGGAAGAAACUCCAGACGACACACCAGACGACAAUCUUCUAUCUUCCGACAGCGACAUGGACCCUGAUAGAGAGCUGCAGGAGGCUCUGGCUCGAGCCCGGCGGCUCAAGGAGGAAAAAGAACAUGCCGAAGCGCUGCUCAGUGUGAAAGAGCAGACCAAAGAACCCCAGUACUCCCCUCCUGUAGAAGAGACUCCGCGCAAGAUGAAGAAACCAAAGGCCUACAGAGGCGAAAAGGUGUGUUUCCGACUAACCUUUCCUGUUGUCGAGGGACACUCUUGGCCCUCGGUCAUCUUCACCACCCGUUCAUUGGUCCCGUUCCAUGAGAUUCAAGAAAAGCUGACCUUCAUCCUCCAUCAGCGGUGCCAGGAGGACGAGCUGUAUGCGCCCCCGGAUCAUGUUCUCGAUGAGUUCAUUUUUGUGCUUCGAGGAUCGCGAAUCUUCAGAAAUUCCACCUGCCAGACCAUGGGUAUCUUCACGCGAGACCCUGCUACUUGUCCUGAAGUACAAUGGCUGAACGCCGAAGACGCCGAAAAGUUCCGAAAGCGAAGUCUCAUGGAGGACGACGAUGACGAGCUUGUGCCUCAGUUGGACCACGAUGACGGGCUCGACAGUCUGGCUGACGUGUCUGUGAACCUGGGAGAACCUGCUGCCGCGGAGCCAGAGGAGCCCGACGAGGAGGAUAUCGAACUAACAAUGGCUGGAAAGGAUAAGAAGCCAGUGACAGUGCGGGUAGGCCUUUCACGACAGUUCAUCAAGCUGGCUGAGCAUUAUGCCAAGGAGAUGAAUGUGCCCGCAACGUCGGUCCAGCUAUAUUUUGACGGUGAUAAGAUUGAUCUCAACUCGACAAUCGAGCAAGCCGAUGUGGAGGACGAAGAUAUGCUUGAAGUGAGAUUGGUCUGA